UCACUAAAAAGAGACGGAAUACCCAUCACUAGUUACAACCGUUGCCUUGGAAACAAUUAUCAACAAAACAGCAUAGCUAGCUGUUGUUAGCUUAAAAACACACAGGUGGAUACGACCUGCGAGUUACUUCAGGUGUCACCGACAUGUCAGUACCUUUCUCCAACACUCACCUGCGGGUCCCGAGAGGGUUUGGUGCCAUCCUGGAAGGGCUGAGCCGAGAAGUCCUGAGAGACCAGCCUGAAGACAUCCCUACAUAUGCUGCUCUGUACUUUGAUAAUCUAUUCAAAGAGAGAGAAGAAAGUGGCAUUGACCCUGCUGAGUGGGCUGCUAAACUGGAAGAUAGAUUCUACAACAACCAUGCAUUCAAGGCUACAGAGGUGACUCCUGAAAAAGGGCCUGCAACAAAGGCGACCAUUUCCAAGUGAGUCUCACUUUAUGUGCUAUCAACAGCCAGGAGGAUCCACAGGAGAGAGAGAGAGAGAGAGGAUGGACAUGAGGGACAGAAUAGUAGCAAGUGACAAGCAAAGAAAAAAUUAAAUAUUAUAUUUUUCAAUGUUUA